AUGGACGAAGAAGUCAACCGUGAUAAGGCGCCUCGUGCGGAACAUCCAGAUUCAUCAUCGCCGCCCUCACUUGUGCUUGACGGCAACAUCACCGACGUCGUAGAGCCUACCACCUCAGUUUCCGUCAACAAGGAUCUCGCUAUGACUGAUGCUGAGGAUGCCCAAAUUGCCCAGCAUAUGUCUACCAUUUCACCCGCCGCUUUGGAUGUUGCUGGUAACAAUCUUGACAAGAAGUCAGAGCAAGCACCAUUCGAGAAGCUACCUAAUGAGCUCCGCCAUAUCAUCAUUGGCUACAUCGGGAUUAACAAGUCACUUUACAACGCUGUUCGCGUCAACAAAGCAUGGUUCGACUCGCUCAUCGAUCACCUCUGGUACAAGCCUGGAUGGGGGGCGCUGUUGCGUCCUGUUGAGGGAAGACGUCAAUUCUAUGCCGACAAGAUUCGUAUCUUCGAGCUGAAUGGAUAUGGACCUGCCGGAUUCCAGAACCGACAGCCAGUAUACUGGAUCCAAGUCUUUCCAGCUGUGCGAUUGCCAAACCUCCAGAAGCUUGUAUACGACGGUCCGUCUGAUCCCCUUGACGAAAUUAUGUGUUCUCUUCUGGAACCUACCCUGGUAUCAGUCGAGUUCCGGUCCUCAUUUGACGUCUCUCCAUCGGUUCUCGAAGCCCUUCAAAACUGCCCUCGACUAAGACACCUUGUCUUCCAAGACAGCGUGGUCGUCUUCGAUCUCGAUCCGUUCAUCGAUUUCAUUACGAAUCACUCUUGCAUGACCUCAAUCAAGUUUGGCGGAGGAAUUUACACUACCGAUCCUGAGGUUGACCAUAGUAACAAGAUUUACGCACAUCUAUUUCGACUCAGCCGAUUCUCAAGCCUCAGUCUCGGAAAGGAAAUUGAUCAAACCGAUGCGGAAGAGAUCAUGAACAUGGUCGGACGCCCCCUCGUACCCAACAACAGUCUGACGUCUCUAAGCAUUCACGGACAUACACUGGCAGUGAAACUGUUUCUCUCUACCGCUACGAGAGCCCUUCGAUCUCUGAACAUCACCUUGUUGGAGGAAUAUUCGGGCAACGUCUGCGAUCAACUAUCUCAAUUCACCAAUCUGGCGGAGCUCCGCCUGCGCAUGUGUUCCUCCCAGACACUGCCACAAAGCGAGUUUGAUGCUCUUACCCACUUGUCGAAGUUGGAAGUGUUAGGAAUCUCCAGCCGUUACAGUGGCGACGUAUCAGCCUCUACGGAUUGGUUGACUAACGAGCACUUCAAUCAAUGGGUCAUGAACUUUCCUCACCUGCAUGAUCUCACUCUAGUGUGGGAUAACGAACACCUUACCGAGUCCGCGAUGCUUGCCGUUGCUAGCCAUUGCAGGAAACUGGAGCGGUGUACACUAGGCUGGAAACAAGAUCUGGACGCGUGGAAAUCUUGUACAAGCGGCACCGUUUUGUUUCCACACCUAAACCAUCUCGGACUUAGAGAUCUUGAAGACCUUCCUAACAUGAAUGAAGAACACUGGGUAGCACAAGCUCUGCCAUAUCUGGAGCUUUUAUUCGAGCUUGCUCCUCGUUUGGAACGUCUUGAGCUUCUGAAGAAAGACGAUGACUAUUGCAAAACCACACGCGCGAUUCAAACCGCCAUCAAGGAGAUUGGCGGAAAACAUUGUUAUGAGGACAGUUCGUUUUACUGGAAGUUCAGCAAGGAGAUGGUCGAGAAGUACAAGGACGAGAAGGACAAGGACGAGAAGCACAGGGACGAGAAUCACAAGGACGAUGAGCAUUCGUAA